AUGAAGGCUUCCGUCAUUGCGUGCUUGGUCGCUGCGGCUUCCGCCUUCCCCAUGGGCAACAUGAAGCGUCAGGCCAACCCCCAGGCCGCCGCCGGCUUGACCGAUCUAGAUAUCCUCAACUUUGCCCUCACCCUUGAGUGGCUCGAGGCUACUUUCUACCAGCAGGGUAUUGCCCAGCUUGGCCCCGAGGCCUUCCGUGCUAUUGGCCUCACCGACCAGCAGAUCCAGGCUCUCGUCGAGGUCGGCGCCACCGAGUUCUCCCACGCCUCUUUCCUCCAGGGCGCCAUUGCCCAGGCCGGUGCCAGCCCCCUCGCCGCCAUUCUCGAGAACGUCGGUGUCGGCGCCUACCUCGGUGCUGCCCAGCUCGUUGCUGACGCCGGUAUCCUCACCGCCGCCGGCUCCAUCCUGACCGUCGAGGCCCGCCACCAGACCCUGACCAGGACCAUUCAGGCUCAGGUCCCCGUUCCCCAGGCUUUCGACGCUGCCCUCACCCCCCCCUUCCCCACCCUCACCCAGGUCCAGCCCGCCGCCGGCCAGGCCGUCGCCAUCAACUCGCAGAUGGUCUUCCAGGCCGAUACCCUCGCCCAGUCCACCCACUGCGCCUUCAUCUCUGGCGGUCUCCAGCCCAACGGUGUCGCCUUCGCUCAGCUCGACACCGCCGGUGCUUGUACCGUUCCCCAGAACCUUGGCGGCAUCACCUACGUCGCUCUCGUCAACAGCGCGCCCCUCGACGGCACCGUCACUGAGGAGAGCAUCAUGGCCGGUCCCGUUCCCAUCGUCGUCUCCUAA